CUCUAUAGUAGUUCUUUUCCCAACACUAAUAACACAUUUCUCAGAUGUUAAAGCAUUACUAAAGCACACUUGCACCACUUGGUUUGCUUGCUCUUGAGAAAACAAUAUAAGGGUACUUAGAAAAGGAAUGAUUAAUUCUCUUUCUGGUUGCAUGGGAUCUGUCAAGAGUAUGAGUAAUUCGUCAUGCACCAAGACUCAUCAACCUACUUCUGCUAAUGGGUCAUCAUCAGUUUUUGAAUCCAAGAGAACUACUUUAUCUUCUGACUUGGAACACACUAGCUUAACCCCACCAAGCCUUAGCUUUCCUGCUGUGAAAUUUGAGCUGGAUGGAGAUGUUGAAGUCCAGUCACCGGAUAGUUCAUUAUGGGAGACAUUUUUCUCUGAUCAUUCGGAUUCAGAUUUCAUGAUAUUAUCUCCUGUAAGGAACUUGCCAUCACCACAAACUUCAACCUGCAAUUACAACCAUGUGCAUGCGAUGCAAGGACAGAGUUUUUCAGGUUGUUCUCCUCCUCGUCAUUUGUAUCAGCUUGGUUCUUUUAGUAGCAGCCAUAAAGGGAAAGGACAGAGUCCACUCCACAGAGUAUUUAACUCUCCAAAUAACCAAUAUAUGCAAAUUGAGAGCCUUUCUUCUUUGCCUGGUAUUGAGGAUUUUUUGGAUGAUUAUCAAAGAGACGGACUUGUUGGAGGUUACCAACCAACUAGGUUGUCUUCUGGUACUGGAAAUUCAGCAUCAUCGGAACUGUUUGAUAUGCAAACAGCAGCAGGUCCUCCAUUGUUGGAUUGCUUGUCUAUGCCAAGUUCGUCCGUGUUUGGUGGAUCGGUGAGUGAAACAUCACCAAGUGGCUCUCAACUUGCACAGGAUAGAGAUAUUUAUCAUAUGGAAUCUCUGAGAAAUGCACCGCCAUUAUCACAACAACUUCAACAAGAACAGCAGGAGAACCAACGGCAACCACCACCAUCAACAACUCCACCUCCUCCUCCACCGGUAGCAACAACACCUCCGGAGCGACAACAGCAGAAUCUUAACCCUAGCUUGAUGGUACCUCUCCCUAUUGGUCCUGAGCAGGAACAAGAUAGUGGACUUCAACUAGUGCACCUCCUUCUUGCUUGUGCUGAAGCCGUAGCCAAAGAGGACUACAUGUUAGCACGAAAAUAUCUCCACCACCUCAAUCGAGUGGUAACACCUCUUGGCGACUCUAUGCAACGAGUAGCAUCCUGCUUCACUGAAGCUCUAAGUGCUAGGCUAGCUGCAACACUUACAACACAACCGAGUAACACCGCUCCAAAACCCUACUCUUCUUACCCUUCAAACUCCAUGGAAAUUCUCAAAAUCUACCAAAUUGUUUACCAAGCUUGCCCGUAUAUAAAAUUCGCUCAUUUCACUGCUAAUCAAGCCAUUUUCGAGGCUUUUGAAGCAGAAGAACGUGUUCAUGUUAUUGAUCUAGACAUCCUCCAAGGCUAUCAAUGGCCAGCUUUCAUGCAAGCCCUAGCAGCUAGACCUGGUGGAGCUCCAUUUCUGCGGAUAACCGGAGUAGGAUCCUGCAUAGAAAGUGUAAGAGAGACCGGCCGGUGCUUAACAGAAUUAGCUCAUUCUCUUCAUGUUCCUUUCGAGUUUCAUCCAGUAGCUGAAGAACUUGAAGACCUAAAACCCCACAUGUUCAACAGAAGAGUCGGUGAGGCUCUAGCUGUAAACUCCGUUAACAGGCUCCAUCAUGUGCCUGGAAACUGCCUACCGAAUCUCUUAGCCAUGAUUCGUGACCAAGCACCAAACAUAGUGACAAUAGUUGAAAAAGAAGCAAGUCACAAUGGGCCAUACUUCUUGGGUAGAUUUCUUGAGGCAUUGCACUAUUAUUCAGCAAUUUUUGACUCACUAGAUGCAACUUUUCCACCAGAUUCUACACAGAGAGCGAAAGUGGAGCAGUACAUAUUUGCUCCAGAGAUAAGGAACAUAGUGGCGUGUGAAGGGCCAGAGAGAACAGAGAGGCAUGAAAGGCUGGAGAAAUGGAGGAAGUUAAUGGAAGGAAAAGGGUUUAAAGGGGUGCCAUUGAGUGCAAAUGCAGUGACUCAAUCUAAGAUACUGUUGGGUUUGUAUUCUUGUGAUGGGUACAGAUUGACAGAAGAUAAAGGUUGCUUGCUUUUAGGGUGGCAAGAUAGAGCGAUACUUGCUGCUUCUGCAUGGCGAUGCUGAUGAUGAUAAUCUUCUAAUUUCCCUUUCUUUUUCUUUUUUCUUUCCUUAAUUGUUACGUGUAUGUUAGAUUCUUGGGGGCCUCUUUUGUUCGUUUAUCGUUUUUUUUUUCUUUCAAAAAAUUCCUGUCGUUGAUAACCGUACAAGAAAAACAAUACAAGUGCCAAGAAAGGCAAGUAGGGGCGAAGGAAGAUGAUGGGCCUGUUUGCUUUUGUAGAAAAAUGA